AUGAAAAGUAUGGAUUCUGAUUCGAACACCUCUACAGAUUCAUCUAGCAGAGAGCUUCCCCCAAACGCAUUUCGAUCUACGAACCUAGAAUUCAUCGGCUACAAUCCUAAAGAUCAUGAUGAGUUUUUCAAUUCUGUUCAACGACAUUCAUCCUCAAUAAUCAACCUAUGCGCAUCAACCCCACGACCUAUGGACCUCAACUUCACUUCCGACGUUGCCAAAUAUCUCCAGAGGAACUCACAUCUGUUUGUGAUUAUCUACGGACUAGAUGAGGGCACUGACGAGAUGGUACCUUUCGGAACACUUUUCUUAGAGACUUCUCAUCGAGAUAUGGCACAUCAUCGAUGCUCAAAGCUGGGAAUCGGGAUCCUAAAGAGGUAUCAACACCAUGAAGCCGAGGCCAUCAACUGGGCUUUGGAAUGGGCUUUCAACAGUGUGGGUCUACAUCGGGUGGAGAUGAAUGUUCUAUCGUGGAACGUACGAGUGAGCGUAUUGUGUCACAGGCUUGGGUUUUUCUUGGAGGGAAGAAGGAGGGAAUGCCAUUACAAGGACGGCGAGUGGUGGGACGAGAUCAACAUGUCUAUUCUGAAGAACGAGUGGAGACAAGUUCAGUGCAAUACGGAGAACCAAUCGUCCUAG